AAACCAAAUAGAUAUGAAGACAGAAAAAUACAUCGUAAAAGAUAUCCAAGGUUUGAAAAGAGAUGACACCACCGAAGCUAUCUGUUAUCGACUUUUCGUUGAAAAACCUAAUCCCUAACUCAAGUUCAUGGAACACAACAUGUAGUGAAGCUAUGCAUGCGCUUGAAGAACACGGGGUUUUCAUAGCCACGUACGACGGCGUGUCUCAGGAACUUGACGACGCGAUUUUCCUUGCAUCACGAGAUGUAUUUGAUCUUCCUACGAAAGUCAAAGUCCUAAGCACUUCAGAUACACCAUAUCAUGCUUACAGUGGUAAAACUCCCAUCAUGCCUCUUUACGAAAGCAUAGGCAUUGAGAACGCAACAACUACAGAAGGAGUUGAAUUCUUCACAAAACUCAUGUGGCCUUCUGGAAAUGAAAAUUUUGGUAAAAGUACUUUGAUGUUCUCCAAAGCUGUAGCAGAACUAUAUCAGAUAGUGAUGCGGAUGGUAGCAAAAAGCUAUGGAAUAAAAGAACAAUGUGAGACGCUCCUUGGGUCCUCAGUUCAAAAUCUUCGAUUCAUGAAGUACUUAUGCCCUGAAGAGGAUGAGGGAAAUCCUCUAGGCAUGCUUCCUCACACUGAUAUUAGUUUUAUGACAAUUCUUCAUGACAAACAAGUAAAGGGUCUGCAGAUAAAGACUAAGGAAGGACAGUGGAUCGAAGUUGAUCCUUUGCCUUCAUCGUUCAUAGUCAUGGCAGGUGACGUUUGCAUGGCAUGGUCAAAUGGAAGAAUUCAUGCACCGUGUCAUAGGGUUAUCAUGCAGGGAAACCAAGAGCGAUAUUCGUUGGGGCAAUUUACUUUUAUUAGGGGUUUGGAUAUACAGAUACCACAAAAACUCAUUGAUGAGGACCACCCACCACAGUUCAAGGAUUUUGAUCACUACAAUUACAACCAACUAAAAAAAAACUUACUAACCAACACUCACUCACCACCCAACCAACACCACCACCCACCACCUCCAUCACCCAUCACUACCAACCCACCACCCACCACCACCCAUCACUACCCACCACCACCCCGCACCACCACCACGCUCCACCACCAACCGCCUCCACCACCACCGCUCACUACCACCCGCUACCACACCCUCACCCAUCACUCACCAAACCAACCACCUGCAACCCCCCACCACCACCACCACCCAACCAUCAACCACCCACCCACCUCAACCACCCAUCACACCACCACCGCCACCACACCACCCCACCCAUCACCACCACCCGUCCUACCACUACCUACCAACACAACACCACCACCACCAGCUACUGCCACCACACUCACUAAAACCACCACCCACCACUACCAUCACCACCCACCACCUGCCACUACCUACCACCACCCCCCAGCACCACCACCCACCUCCACCACCUAUCACCACCACCCGUCUCCACCACCCGCCACCACCACCAUCCACCACCAUCUACCGCCACCAACCAGCACCCACCACCCAUCGCCAUCACUACCACCCAUCAUCACCAUCCACACCACUAACCACUGUCACCCAUCACUAUCUACCACCACCAUCUACCUCCACCACCCGUCACUACUGCCCGCCACCACCACCCUCAUCCACCACCCAUCACUAUCACCACCAUCCACACCACCACCAACACCCAUCACCACACACCACCACCACCCAUCACCACCACUCCGGCUCCACCACCCAUCAUAA